UACUCCUUUGUACCCCUACUCCGACUGCUGCUGCUGCUGCUGCUGCUGCUGUGUUUUUGGUUAUUGGUACUACUACUACUGCUACUACCAUGGUUGCCGCCAUCACCACAUAUGAAGACCGCCGCUUGUAAAUCAUACGGUUUGCUGUUGGGAUCAUGAUUUUCGUACCAUGUUUUUUCUACCUCAAGUGCGGCCUGCCAUGAGAAGUUGGUGUUUUCUUGAAAACCAUUCUGAAGUCCUAGACUUCCUGGCGUAUAUGCAACUGGAUGAGCGGUUGAUCAGCUGCUUUAGCUGGUUUUGAGAGGCAUGCCUUUGCUCAUCCAUGUUCAUCCUGAUCAAGCCAACUAGGUGUUUCCAGACUCUCAUUGAGCAUGCGGACAAGGCUUGAAGCCCACCCCUUGCGCCCUUGCUUCGCCUUGCCUCGCCAGCGUUCCUCAGCUCGCCACGGCGUCGAAGCCUGCGCGCGCGCGUCAGGUAUGCGAAGCUGACCGAAGAGGUGGAACGUCUGAGGGCCGAGAAUGACCAGAUCCUCGCGAAGGUGGAGGAGUUGGAUGUCUCCCGGAGGCAGCUGGUCUCGGACAGCUCCGGCGUGGUGGCAGCCAUUGGUGAAGGAGGAGCAGAUCCAAGCGCGAUGGCAGCGACCUUGGAGAAGAUCGAAGAACUGGAUCAGCACAUGGGGGAAUUGAGAAGUGUCCAGAUUCAGAACUACUUGAGCAUCGGGGCAUUGAAGCGGCAAGUGGUCACCGUCCAGAAGAAUGAGGAGGUCAUCCGCCUCUCCACGCAAGUCUAUGAAAAGAUCGCCCAGGGUGAAGAGGUGCCAGAGGAUGGUCCUUUGGCAGUCUCCCUGGAGGAGGCCGUGGGACGCUUGCGCGACGAGUUCGACCAGUUCUCUCAGAGCAUUGCUGUCACCAAGAAGGAGCUUGACACCGUGGUGGGCCGGGUCCGAUCAAUAGAGCUCUCCUUGCGAGCUCGACGGGGCAAGGCCGGGCACGAGGCCGAGACCCUCCGCGCCGACCUGAUCUCUGGGCUGUAUGAGGCUCGCCGCAAGAAUGCCCAACUGACGCGCUACCGGAUUCAGCAAGCCUUGAACGUGAAGCUCGAGGCCGUGCUGGAACGAGCCAGGGAAGCCUUCCGAUUCCACGCGCGCAUCCAGGCUUUGAUCACAUCGGGAGACAAGCCGCUGAUGGAGGUCGAAAUUGCCUCCAUCCUGCGGGAGAUUGAUCAAGCUCAGAAACAUGCUGAUGAUUUGGAAGCUAUCAAGGCCGCCCACAGCAAGGAGGUGCAGGAUGUCACUGCUCGGCUGCGAGAGUUCGAGGAUAAAGUCACGCCCGAGACGGGAAAGCUGAGGGAAAAACUGAUCGCCGCCCUGCGGGAGGAGGAGUUCUGCAUCGCACGGCUGGCAGUGCUGCGACAGGUGCAGGCCCAGGACAUCAAGUUCCUGGCCAAUCUUCGCCAAGCUCUGAGCUAGCUCAAAGCAGCUCAGCAGCGGCCGUUUGCCACUGGAGUUCUUUUGGCGGACACCAGCGUCUCGGGCGCAAACCGCCUGAGGUUCCCCAUUUUUUUUGGGACAGACCGAUGGUGCGUGAGUUCACCGCUGCGGCGCGGAUCCGCGCGGAUUGUAUCAAACCGCAUCCAGCGUGGUGGUUCCGUGAAGAUACGG